AUGGGCGGCUUGCCCGCCUUCAAACGACAACACCUCCUCGCCGAAUUCACCGGUCUCAAGCAGGCCUGCCCGCAGGGGAUCUUUGUCAGCCUCACGCCAGGCGACCCAACCCUCUGGUCCGGCGUGCUGUUUGUGCGAAAGGGCCCCUACGCCCCCGCCAUCCUGCGCUUCCAAAUCUCCUUCCCCGACACCUACCCCUCCUCCCCGCCCCUCGUCACCUUCGCCACCGACAUCUUCCACCCGCUGCUCACCCCGCCCUCCACCUACAACAUGUACUCGACCGCCGCCGCCGACGUGCGUGACGGCAGCGGCGGCGGCGGCGGCGGCGGUGGCGGCGGGUCCGCCUCUUCUUCUGCCGCCGCCGCCGACGACGACCGCCUGCUGCCCCCUGGCGGGUUUAGUCUGCGUCAUGGGUUUGCGGGGUGGUUUGGGAGGGGGGGUGGUAGGGCUAAUGCUGCGGUGGGGGCAGUGGGUGCGGGUGCGCCGGUGGUGGCCGUCGCUGUGGCUGUGGAGGGGGAGGGGGAUGGGGAGGGGGAUGGGAAUGGGGGUGAAAGUGGGGAUGGGAAUGGGGGUGGAGAUGGUGAUGACGGGGAAAGGGGGAGGCCAAGGGGGGAUGGCCCUGCUACUACGGACCAAGGUGAGAUGGUGGGGUUGAUGACGCCUACGAGAGCCGUGGCCACGGCUACGGGGACUACCCCCGCGUCGGCGGCGUCGGUGGUUUCCUCUUCCGCGUCCGUACCGGGGCAUGCGCGGACCGGCGGGGUGAGGGGGGUGUCGACCUACGAGGUGCUGAGGUACAUCCGGAGCACGUUUGAUGACGAGGAUGUGCUGGACUCGGUGCCGCUCGAGGCGGCUGGGAAUCCGGGGGCGUGGCAUGCUUGGCGGACGCAUCGGAGGCAGGCUGUGGGGAAGCCGUUGCCGGUGCCGGGAGGGGGUGAGGCACCCGGAGCCGAGGGCGAGGCUCAAGCGGAAAGGGCUCCGGCGCCGGCGCCGGCUGCGGUCGCGGUAGGUGCGGCUGCUACAACGAGGCGCCCUGGUGAAUGGAACUGGGAGGGGGUCUGGGAAGACCGAGUGAAGAGGGGCAUUGCGGGUAGCUUGUCUGAGGGGGUGCUGUAUGGGCAGGCCGGGACGACAGAUGACGUGAUCAACUUCCUCAGCAUGGAUGACGCCGAAGUCGAAGGGGCCAAAUCCAACCUGCUCCGGACCCUUGGCGCUGCUGCAUACCGUCCCUCGUGCCGCUACCCAUCAUCCAAUAGGCCGGGUCUGUCACUAUCAGGGCUGGGGCUAGCCCGUGAUGGAAGUACCAACAUCGAGAGCGCCCAGGGAGAGGCCGGCCCGGGGCUGCCGAUCGCUCCAGAGGACCUUGAGGAUCACAACUCGCCGCGCCGGAAUCCAAGGAGCGGCCUCCGCCUCCCGCCGUCAUAUGAGUCAGGCGACGACGCAAGCACCUUGCAUAUGCCGGUGCGAGCAGACCCCGGAAGUUCCACCGGUCCUCCUUCGCCCCCGCACUUUCAGGAUACUUGCGUUCUCGCCCCCAAUAUUGUUGUGACUCCUGAAUACGGAGCCGUCGACGAGGGUACCGUAACCGUGUGGGUAGCUGUGCAGUUGUCAACUCGGAUAUGUCGGGCCCUCGCUCUUGAUCAAGGACACGGGAGGGCUACGGACGACCAGUCCUCGCUAGAUGCAGUACGGUAUGGGUUCCUCUACAAUGUCUCGACGGAACUGCUGCCCGCCGGCAAAAGUACCAUCGUGGAGGUGCUGGACGAUAAGGCCUGUGCAACGGUACUCUAUCCGGGAUCCCGGCUGCUAUUUAUCGCACAUAUCCGGCUUGGGCCUGCCGCCCGUUAUCGUCCGCGCACCCAUGUCCGGCAGAAGUCGGAUGAGCUGAUCGAAGACCUCGAGCACGAGUUAGGUGGCACUGUGACGGAAUACCUCCAAGUCCGCGUGACAUACUGCCACUCCGGAUUUCCUCAGAGGCACAAACAGAUCACGGCGACGGUGAAUACCACGGCGUCGGAUGGCAUCGCCAGUAUCCAAACCACCAUCCAGACUACAGCCACCGCAACAAUCAAGCGGCAUAACUCCACCUCGCCAUGGUCGCCACCACCCUGCACGCCGCGUCCCAACCCCCUAUUCGAGGUCAUCGCCUCGCACUGGGGGGCUGAGAAUGCGCAUGCCGUGAUGCAGCGCGUCAUACGUUCCCGGGCGGCCGCAUCCAGCGCCCCAAACCGCCCUCUCAGCAUCCCACCAGCGCCCGCACCCACGGUGCCCCCACACGGGCAAAUCACGGUGAAUGAGCACCGCCAGAAACCCCAACCCCAGCGGACGAAGCCCAGAACCGGCCAACAGAUCCCCCCGCCUGACCUCGCCUCUCCAUCCAGCGCGGCAGCGGCGGCGCCCCCCGUCCCAAGACGCCACGCGAGCCUGAGGCGCGUGGCUUCGGCAUACCGCGACGCUGACCCGGAGCGCGAGCGCAGCCACCACCAAAACCAGCAGCAGCAGCAGCAGCGGAACGCCGAAGCGGAGAUGGAGACAGAGAAAGAAGCGGUAUCACCCACCGCAACGGUCCGGCGCCGCAAGGUCUCCCUAGACCGCGACCGCGACCGCCGGGGCAAGGCUGUGCGGGCGGCGUCAGUUUUCCGUCGGCGGCCGGGUUCGUCGAUCUCGUUCGUUUCUUCUCCGUCGUCUUCGUCGUCGUCUGGCGGGCCACAGCCCCCUGCGGAUUUGUUUCGGCCGGCUGGAGUGGUGGCGGCAGCAGCAGCUGGGAGGGGGUACGGUGGUGAGAGUGUCGGGAGUGCGAGUGUGAGUGCCGGUUCCCGGGCGGGGAAGGAGACGGAAAGGGAAAAGCGGUGCAGAGUCGGGGGGGAGUGGGCUGCCGGCGGUGAUGCGGCGCCUGUAGGGGAUGUGAGAAGGGGUGGUGAGGGCAACGGCAAGGGCAAGGGGUCGGAGGUGGGGAUGGUUGGAAGGGGCGGCGGGAGUGUGAAGACGAGGAAGGGAAAGGAGAAGGAGAAGGGGUGGGGAUGGACUAGCUGGUGGUAG